AUGUCAACCACCGAUCGCAACGAAUACGAGCACCACCGAGCUGUCGUAGGGAAUGGCCGCAAUUUCUGGCUUUAUUCUUCCCAGACUGGCUUCGACCUCACUCAUCCCGAAACACCCACGACUCCUCACCUGCCGACGAGCAUCACGAUCGAGACGACGACCUCGCCCAUCGCGAUCGAUCCCAGCAAGAGUGCUUUGAUCGUGAUAGACAUGCAGAACUACUUCCUGUCGCCUGUUCUUGGUCGAACGAAAGGCGCGGGUCAUGCAGCGGUCGACCAGCUCAUCGAGUAUGCCGUGCCAGCCGCGAGAAGAGCUGGAAUCAGAGUAGUGUGGGUCAACUGGGGUCUGACAGAUAAAGAAGUAGAGGAGAUGCCACCUGCUGUGAAGCGAGCCUUUGGCUUUGAGGCAGUGGUUGACAGCAGCGGAAAAGAGAAGUUUGAUGGUAUAGAUGUGGAGGGCUUUGGCGUGGACAGGCAUGGUAAGAAGUCGGGGAGGAAGCAUCAUGGGAUCGGCAGUGACAUGGGAAUUGUGAAGGAUGAACAUGGAACGGAUAUUGAGGCUGGGAGAGUGUUGAUGCGAGGUGCUUGGAAUAGUGCACUGUUCCCCCCUCUCGACCAGGUAUAUGAGGAAGGCAAGAAGUUGGGAAAUAAGCCUGAUGUGUGGAUUCAUAAGAACAGAAUGAGUGGCAUGUGGGGUGUUGGAACUGAUCUGGAGACGUUCCUCGAGCAGGAGGGCAUCAGGACGCUAUUCUUUACAGGAGUCAACACAGAUCAGUGCGUCGGCGGCACUCUGACGGAUUCGUUUUCGAAGGGCUACGACUGCAUCAUGUUGGGAGAUGGUGCUGCGACGACGUCCCCUGAAUAUGCUCAGAAGUGCUAUGAGUUCAACUCUGCGAAUACAUACGGGUUUGUCACGAGUUGCAAGCAAUUUGCGGCAGGUGUGCAGCGUAGAGAGUUAUAA